AUGAUUGCAUCUGGUUCGCCUAUUCCUACUAACGAUUCGCAGGAACCAAAGCCCCGUGAUAAGUGGACCAUUGAGGAGAAGAAAAGAAUUCAAAAUGACGUGAAAGCCCGAAAUAUAAUUGCAUCUGCUCUAACUGUUGACGAGGUUUACAGGGUCUCUGUUUGCAAAAUCGCUCAAAAGAUGUGGGAUGUACUCAAAGUAACUCAUGAAGGAAAAGAUGAUGUUAAGAGGGCGAGGAAGAACACGUUGAUUCAAGAGUACGAAAUUUUCAGGAUGAAGCAAGGAGAAAUAAUUUCAGAUGUUCAAAAACGCUUCACCAACAUUGUCGUGGCAACCGAAAGUGACCGCAAUCAUUGA